CCGGAGUUUUGGCGCCCUCUGGCGCCGCCUUGUUCCCGCUGCAGCGGCGGUAGAUAAGAGCGCGCGCUGAGUCUCGUGCCGCAGUUGUAGUGAGGAAGAGGAGCCGCUCAGAGGAUCAGGACUAGACCUGCACCAGAAACCACCUCAGACUCAGAGGAGCCGGGAAAGUUACCGGCGGGAAGGAAGAUCCUCCUGUAACAAGAUCAGUGUCGUUGCUCUGCAGCUGGCAGCAUGAUGAAGGACUGCCUGCAGUUCCUGAUCGAACCGGCCAAGAAGCUCAAGAUCCGCCUCAAGGAGUCUCGGAAGCAGGUGAGGCUGGAGAAGAAGGUGCCGCUGGUGGAGAGUCAGUUGUUCAUCAUGGAGUUAGCUCGAGAGCUCAACAAGAUCUGCCAGAGGUCAACCAUCCUGGGCCACAUCUGGACCAGUGAGGACAUCUGGCCCCCCAGCGUGUGUCGGGACUUCAUCGUGGAGUGGGCCGCUGUAUUAGAGAAGAGAGUGCAGCCGAGGAUCGUCUCGUCCGAACACCAGUACGAGAGGCCGGAGAAGAAGGACUGGAAGGGGCACCUCCUCUGCAUGCUCGAGGCGGGGGGGGAGUGCGAAAUGGGACCCCACAAACGAGUCAUCAUGGACUGGACACGGGAGGUGAAGAGCAGACCUCAGCCCAGCGUGUGGCCGGGCGAGCCGGUGCUCAUGAUGCUGGACGACCUGGAGUUCCAGUGGAAGAGGGGCCGUCUCCCCAACCUGCUGCCCGCCAUGGAGCUGGUCAUCCUGGCCGUGCUGAACGCUGACAGCCCUGUGAAGGAGGAUGUGACUAAGCAGUGGCUGGUGAGGAAGCAGAGGUGUCAGAGGAGCGACGCUGGGCUCAACAUCCCCCACAGUGUGUGGAACUGGAUCUGUGAAGCCGCAGACGACGUCAGUCUGGAUCCGGACUCAGCCAACCCAGACCUGCUCAUCUCUGCUGAUGAGAAGCGGAUGCGGUGCGGCCUGGAGCGCCGGGACGCCCCGCGGUGCCAGAGACGCUUUGACGGCUGGUGGUGCGCCGCGGCCCAGGAGGGCUACGCCUCCGGACGUCACUACUGGGAGGUGGAGGUGGGCGAGCGGGACUGGCGACUGGGAGCGGUGAAGGCGUCGGCCGUGAGGCAGGGCUUCCGCUCGCUCAACACAGACACGGGUUACCUGACCCUGCGUCUGGAGAGGGGCUCAGACCUGAAGGCCCUGACGGUUCCCGCCACCACGCUGUCACAGAGCCUGGUGCCCAGGAAGGUGGGGGUGUUCCUGGACUAUGAGCAGGGCCAGCUGUCCUUCUACGACGUGGAGAAGCGCUCUCACCUGUACACCUUCAACGAGAAGUUCACAGAGGAACUGAUCCCCGUGUUCGGGACUGUGGAGGUGGUCAAAGACCUGGUGAUCAGGCCUGCAGACCUCAGACAGCCGUGCCUCUGCCCGGGGCCCUGCCUCUGGAACUGAACCGUCUGAGACCCUGGUCCUCUCUGGUCCUCAGUCUGUUUGUAUUCUGCUCAGUUCUGUAGUGAAUCUGAAUCCUGUUCUGGUUCUGAACCACAAGUCU